UUUACGGUCUCUACCAUCGCGUUCUCAACCCAAUCUCAAGCCAUGGCCAUUCGCCACGCCUAUCGUUGACCAGAAAGAUAUUAAGAAUCACCUCCAAGUUGCGUGGAAGCCAUGCGGCCUGCCUUGCGAGUUUUCAGAUUCAAACAAGGCUUGCGGAGACUGUCGACCACGCCGUACCCCGGUGUGCUCUCUACCACGCACAAGGGUGUCGCUUUCGAGCAACGUUCCCUCGCCCUCCUGGAGGAACACCUUUCCAUGUCGCUUCGGCGCGUAGGUGGCAAGGACGACGGCGGGAUCGACUUGCUCGGCUGGUGGUGGCUCCCCGCUCGUCAGCACGUCGUCACAGACCCCUCGUCGAGCGCGUCUCGAGGCUCGCUGACUAGUCCUGCGUCUGCUGAGCGGACGCGCAUCCGCGUCAUCGCGCAGUGCAAGGACGAGCAGAAGAAAGUCGGGCCGAAAUACGUUCGUGAACUUGAAGGAGUCUUGUAUCGGUACGUCGCAGGUGCCCAUGCGUCACACAUCCUGCCACCAACCACUGGCCGCACAUCGUCGAUGUAUGCGCCCGACUCGGACCCCGAGCACGACACCUCCGUCGAAGAGCUUGAUCCAGUUGUCGGCUUACUGGUUUCCUCUGCUCCGUUCACGAAGGCUACGAUGGUGCGGGCCAAUUCCUCUACCAUGCCUCUCAUGUUGCUCCACAUUCCUCCUGUCCUUCCGGACAGUGUCGCUGGGCAAGAUGCCAUUUGUUCCGACUUAGCAAUGCAAGAACAGAAACCGAGCCAGUCGUCUUCUGAGCAGCAGUACAGCCACGGUGCCCUAGGGUCUCUCGUAUUCAACGCAGCUCUGGCCAGCGGACUCCUUCAUAAUCAGUUACAACCGCGUUGGGAACACUCGCUAGCCAGCGGUCUCACUGGGCGUCCGGGCAUAUGGUUCAACGGACAGCGUGUGCACAGCUGGACGCCCGAACGCAACCUCAACUAACCUCAGUUAGGCGGAACUACCUCGUCCCUAAAUGUACCAUACAAGCUUCCGGUCUACGGGCGGGGUCCGCCCGUGUCAGCUGGAGGCUGCCGAAGUCGUCGUCGACCUUCAUGUUUGCUGUCGUUCAACUCACAGCGUUCAUCUAGCUGGUCGGAUGCGCAUAGUCGCCUCCCCGACCCGCAGCACGCAGUUUCCUGGGACUCUCCUGUGGUUGCCUUUCGCGCAUCGACGGUACAGUGCGUGCAUGAUGCGCUGGAACGGUGUAUGUAUCAGGCACCUGCGCCAUUGACCA